AUGGUUGUUAUAGGACUAAUUGAGCCAACAUUUUUUGACAGAUAUGCAUGGAGCAGACUUGUUGGAGAUGAGUACGACGUGGACGACAGUGACAAUGAAACCUUCUUAGACAAUGUGACCAGCGUUUACAGCAACCUCACGAGCACCGCAGAAGUUUUCACCCCGGUACUCCCACCGUUCGAGCCAUGGCAGACGGUUCUCAUCGCCAUCUGCAUUGGAAUAUGCAUCGUCCUCACUGUCGGUGGAAACAUUCUCGUCCUUAUGGCCUUCAUAGUUGAUCGCACAAUACGACAGCCAAGCAACUACUUCAUUGCUUCACUAGCUGCCACUGACAUGCUCAUUGGAACUGUCUCAAUGCCAUUUUACACUGUGUACGUUCUGAUGGGCUACUGGAAUCUAGGACCAAUCCUUUGUGAUCUAUGGUUGUCGGUGGAUUACACGGUUUGCCUCGUCUCUCAGUAUACUGUUCUCCUGAUUACCAUUGACAGAUUCUGUUCCGUCAAAAUAGCCGCUAAAUAUCGCGGUUGGAGGACUAAAAACCGCGUAAUAUGGAUGGUCACUAUAACGUGGAUAAUACCAGCCCUCCUAUUUUUUAUUAGUAUAUUUGGUUGGGAGCAUUUUAUUGGCUACAGAGAUCUACUUCCAGGACAGUGCGCUGUUCAAUUCCUAAAAGAUCCUGUUUUCAACACAGCAUUGAUAAUAGGGUAUUAUUGGACAACCCUUGUUGUUUUAUUUGUUCUUUACGGUGGAAUAUACAAAGUGGCAUAUGACAUGCAGAAGAAAAGCGAGGCAAAACAAAGAAAAAUGCAAUCAAUGGUAGCUCUUAGUGCUGGAGCAAUGUCCGGAAUGGCGGGAAGGGCGGCAGGCAUCGGUCUUUCAAAAACACAGAGCACGCUACUAAGCCAAGAUAAACCAAAAUCUGUCACAACGCCUUGCACAGGUUUGUCUGUUAUAUCGACUCACAGUAGUGGAGGAGAAUCAAUAUCAAGCCAAAAAGUAGUCAACACAAACAAUAAAACACUAACAGUUGGGGAUGGCCAUAACCAUGCAGAAAAGAAGAAGAAUACUUCAGGAGAAGGGGAUAAAUCAGAAAGAUCAAGCAGUCCUGCUUUUGACUCGGAUGAAGACAGCACGACAUGCACUGUGGAGAGACCUUCUACGUGGAACAAAAAAAAGCAAUCAUUAGCAGGAAUGGUGGCACAAGCAGGAGCCCUUACUGUAUUUGCACCAGGAAAGGUAAAUGGAGUUAUUCCAAUAAAGAUACCAGAAAUAAAACCGACAGUGGAAUCACCUGAAAAGCCACCAAUUCAAACCUCAGAUAAAUGUCAACAUGAGAGUCCACAAAAAGAAAACAGCCCUGCUAAAGUAAAUAGUCCACCAAAAGGAACUGACACACCGGGAGGACAAUCUAGUAAGACCAUUACACCUCUUUCAACGAGGGGAGAAUUCCACAAAAGUGACAGAUCACUUUCUGAAAUAUCAUCUCCUCCGAUGUCAAGCAUCCAAUCACCUCCCAUCAUUCCACCACCUGCAAUGUUCCAGUCUAGCACCCCUUGCUCGAGCAAUUCUCCACUUAGUUCAUCUGGACGUCCUAGGAGUCUCAUUAUGACUAGGAAUACGUACGAUAUUCUUACCGGGAUGGAUAACUCUGAUCUUAGAUACAUGGAUGAGAGUUCGGUAAUAGUACCUUCACCAAAUUUUGAGAGCCCCCCUUCAACAAUGAGUUUUCCUGCAACUGCAUCCACUGCACCACCUUCUCCAAUGCACAAUUCAAUGACUAUUAGCAAUACUUCACUUUUACAGGCUGCAUUAAUGAGAGCAGCUGCUCAACAAGCAACACCACCAAAAACCACUCCUCCACCGGUAGCUAAAGUCAACACUGAAGUAAGUAUUAGUACAGAAGACAACAAACUUGUGACAACUAUUGUUGAAGGAGUGGUAGAAACGGAAUUGACUGAUAAAGUUGGCACUCCAGCUACGUUAUAUUCUACAACCUCUAUCUCUGUAGCAACUGUACAGGCAAUCACAACCUUACCUUCUACACCAGAUCCUAAGAAGGAAUCGAUAAAAGGUGGAUCAGAAAGAAAAGAAGGUUCAAGAAGAGAUUUUGUAAAAACAAUAGGAAAACGCCUGAAGGCUAAGGGGCGUAGUGGUCAAUUAGGAAGACAAAAAUCUAAAUCUGAAAAUAGAGCAAGGAAAGCUUUUAGGACGAUUUCUUUUAUUUUAGGAGCUUUUGUCGCUUGUUGGACACCUUAUCACAUUCUAGCCUUAGUAGAAGGAUUUUGUGCUCAACCACCAUGUACUAAUGAACAUCUUUUCAUGUUUUCAUAUUUUCUUUGUUAUGCUAACAGCCCUAUGAAUCCAUUUUGCUAUGCUCUGGCUAACCAUCAGUUCAAAAAAACAUUUACCAGGCUUUUAAAAGGAGAUUUUCAUAUGACAUAGAAAGGCCUAGGACAAUCAUAUCCUUAUAGGUAUUCAUGACCUAUAAAUUAUUCUUUUAAUUAAACAAAUACUAAAAUGAUUACAUAUGUGUUUUAUGAUUUGCUAUUAUUUUUAAAAUAACAAACGCAAAGAAAAUUAUAAAUAGGGAAAAGACACCUUUCUACAACAAUCAAUAAAGCUUACUCAAAGAAGUGGUUUACAGAUUCGCCUUAUAGGAUAUUUUGUGUACAGGGUACCCAACCUAGUGACCCUUCAAUUAGUUCCCUUAGUUCAAAAGAACUAGUGCUUUUAAAUGGCCCUUUUGGUAUAAGAUAUUUAAUUAAAAAUAACAUGACAAUACAUAAUUUAUAGAUCAAUUGGGAAAUAAGGAUGAUUGUAAUCUCUGUAAAUAUAGGAGCUAAUGAUUUGUAAAGUGUAAAGGAGAUAAAAAUAUAAUGGUUUGCUGGGGUGAAAAGAUUUGCCCAGAUCACUUGGUUAACUGAGCCCUAAUCAAUGUUUUCUUGGCUUAUCUUCUUUCAUCCUUGUUUGUUGAAAUAAUAUUUUUUCACAA